GCUAUAACGUAAAAUGAUUCCAACCUGUUUUGAUUCCAAAUCCACGAGCGCCGCUCGCUGAUUGGCUCAUAUUUCCGAGGCCGCGCCCACCUCGCCGGUGCGUCAAGCGACGUCACGAAACCGCAAAAACUGACACGUCAUAGUGACGUUUACGCACUACUUAUGCUAAAUUAUGCCGAUCAAAACAGGAAACAUCGCGGAAUCACCGGCGAGUGACCCGUUCCGUUUGGAAUCAAAAAUGGCGGCGUUAUUGCUGGUGCUGGCGGCGGCGGCUCGUCAGCUCGGGCGGAGGCGCGGAAGGAGGGAGGCCGAGGACGCGUUUGACAUGCCAGACGACGUGUUUCGGCAGCACUUUCGUCUGAGGAAGGAAACUGUGCGGUGGCUGUGCAACGAAGUGGCGGAGGAGCUCGGAGGCGUGCGAUCAACAGCGCUGUCGGUGGAGCGACAAGUGUUGUGCGCGUUGCGUUUCUUCGCGACGGGCAGCUUUCAGGGGUCCGUUGGGAGCGAGGAGACGAUUGGCGUGACGCAGCCUGCGGUCAGCAAGUGCGUGCGACGCGUGGCGGAGGCAAUCGUCCACGCCGGGACUCGGAACAAGUGGGUCCACUACCCGAGGACGUCGGAGGAAAAGGCGGCCGUGAAAGAAGGGUUCCUUCGACGCGGCGGCAUUCCCGGCGUCAUCGGCUGCGUGGACGGCAGCCUUAUUGCCAUCAUCGCACCGAAGGGCGACAACAAGGCGGCAUACAUGUGCCGCAAAGGCUUCUAUGCCCUUAACAGCAUGUUCAUUUGCGACGCAGGCAUGCGGAUUCUGGCCGUCGACGCUCUGCGACCGGGGUCGGAUCACGACGCACACGUCUGGAGAACGACGUGGUUGCGCCGUCGUUUCCAGGAGGGACACAUUGCCAAGGCCGGCGAGCACCUCUUCGGUGAGCAGAGGGGAAAAUUCAUACAGUUGCCUAGCAGCACACAGUAAAGUGUACUCCCGCCGUAAGAGUAUAUGUUGGAAGCCCUAACCGUUUAUAUUAUAGUAGCGUGUUAAGUAUAGGUUACAUAGGCGGGCUGGUAAAUUUUUUUAAUGAGUAUCUGCUUGCAGCAAAAUGACAUUUAACUGCUGUAUUGCAAGCUAAUGUAAAUUAGUGUACAUUACGAAACAAUUAACGUUUGUCUUGCCCCAUUAUUUUUUACACUGACAUUAAUUCGAGAAUACAGACAACUCGGCCAAACGGCCACCUUGCUGGAUGCUAAUAAUAUGAAGUUUACUAUUUACCACCAGCUAUUGUUAUCUGUGCUGAUCACAGCAGCAUCAAGUGCUCAGCCUGUACAUUAUUUUAUUACAGCCUCUGUGUAGUAGGUGUAUGUAACCUGACUCAUGCUUCACUAGCUCAACCAUGCGCGUUUGAUUUGAUACCAUUUUUAUGCUCGUGCAGGUGACAGCGGCUACCCCCUGGAACCAUGGCUCCUGACUCCGGUCCCAGGCCAUCCUCCCGCUCACACUGCAGAAGGCAGGUACAACACUGCACACGCUUCCAUGCGGUCCGUAGUGGAACGCUGCAUUGGACUUCUGAAGAGCCGCUUCCGCUGCCUUCAGAGGUACCGUGCCCUCCACUAUGAACCAGACCGCGCAGCAAACAUCGUUGCAGCGUGUGCAGUGUUGCACAAUUUGUGUCUUGAUGAAGGUGACAGUGCGUUUGAUG